AUGAAGAAAGAUUAUUCGGUUCUAGUGCUGAUACACUACAACCUGGCAGCCUGGACUGGACUGGGACCCCCACCAUUCGCUGUCGGCGAGAGUUUUACUCUCGUCGCCAAAACGUCUUCUUCAAAGAAAAGGAAGAUUAGGCGUUCCUCCAGAGAAGAGGCCAUAGAUAGCCCCUCACCCGACACUCCACUGCAGUCCUGCGAGACCGACGAUAAUCCAAACUUCUCCUUCACCUCGGCCACUUUUGCUCCUUCACCCCGCGGCGACUCAGUGCCGCCUGCCUCGAGUCUGCCUCCCCAUCUCCUCCCAGAGUACGCUCAAUCCGUCGCCAGCUCAACGGCGGGCGAUAGUCCUCCUGCUCUGAACAGCGCCAGAGGCUCGUCCCCCCUCGUUAUCAAACCAUCAUACCACAGAACUAUCAUGGGUGGUGCUGCAGAAUUCCCAGAACGUGCUUCCUCACCGCUGAAAAGGAGAGCCUCUAGCAUGGAACCCGAGACUGGCGAGGAGGGCGUCUCUAACGAAGACGUGGACAUGGUCACGGUACCGCCGGCUGAGCCAGCUGCGCCAGCUGCCGCUGUCGCUGCAGAGGAAGAAACACAAGCCGAAGGUCAAAAACUGUCGCAACCGCCACAGUCCAUUGAGGCGCACAUCAAGUCGAUACGCACCUUCUGCGAAGAGUUUGAGUCGCGGCCCCUGGCAGACGGCGACCAAGUAUAUAUUGUGUCGCGAAAAUGGGUCGAGUCUGUAAUUGGCGACUCCAAGGACUCCAAGAAAUCCGCAGCCCUCGAUCCGACCACGAUUACGCCGGUCGAUAACUCGGACAUAAUUUGGGAAGUUAUUGAAGACCCUACCGUUGGUAGCAGUGUCGAUACACUCAAGAAAAGGUUCAUUCGACUGAAAUCUGACCUUGGACCUGAACAAUACAACAUCUUCCCGCCAACUGCCUGGAGUCUGGUAAUGCAAUGGCCGGGCUUGGCUGAAGGACAGUUUCCCAUCCUCAGACAUGCUCAUGCAACGAGCGACAAUGAGUUUGACCAGAAUGUGCAGCUGGAGAUGCACCCGCCAGUCUUCACCAUCUAUCGCCUAUGGUCUGCUCACAGCCCAAUCGCGAUCAAGCAAAUAAUCAAGAGCAGUCACCCGCCUCCUCCGCGCCUAGCUCGAAGCCGUACCUUCAGAUGGAGCACGUUUCUCAAGCAGUCCAAACACUUGACGGAUAUCGAACUCAAGUCCAAGGUUCGAGUUUGGAGAGUACCGCGCAAGCUACCCACGAGUGACUCGGUAGCUGGUUCAGCACUCACCCCGCCUUCCUCCCCGCAGGCUGAAGACUCCGACAGCCCUCAGGAUUCAUGGCCUAACAUGCUGAUCGAUGUCAACACGUUCAACGCUCUGGAGGAGCCCGCCGAGCGCGAAAAAGUGGACUUUAGAGACGUGACUGUUGAUGAAAACUACAAUGGACAUACCGAUCUUGCAAGACUAGCGCUGUCUACUGACCAGGCUAUUGUCUUGGAUGAGCAAAUCACAGGCACCACGUUUGUCUCGACUUUCACCAUCUCACAAGCCUCAGAAAAGCUCCCUGCUCCACGGGCCAACUCCGCCAGUGUAGUCUUGAAUCGCACUGCGAGGUCCGGCAGAACUAGUCCUGUACCAUCUGGACCGGUAACUCGUGGCAGAACUCACAAGUCUGGGCGGACCAUAGGAUGUACAGGUUUAGGAAAUCUAGGUAAUACCUGCUACAUGAACUCUGCGCUGCAAUGCGUGCGGAGCGUCGAGGAGCUUACGAAAUACUUCCUGUCUGGAGAAUGGGAGAAUGAAGUCAACCGUGAAAAUGUUUUGGCACAUAACGGAGACGUGGCUCAGGCCUAUGCGCUGCUUCUCAAAGAGAUAUACAGAGAGCCUCCUCCGCCUUCCGUCACUCCACGACAUUUCAAAAGCACCCUCGGUCGCUAUGCACCAGCCUUCUCUGGAUAUGGUCAGCAAGACUCUCAGGAAUUCGUAGGCUUUCUGCUAGACGGCUUACAGGAAGACCUUAGCAGGGUCAAGAAGAAACCCUACAUUGAAAAGCCAGAUUCCACUGAUGAAAUGAUCAAUGAUCCCAAAGCUAUUGCAAAAAUGGCCGAACAGGUCUGGGACAUAACCAAGCGCCGUGAUGACUCGGUCAUAGCAGACCUCUUCACCGGACUUUACAAAUCGACCCUAGUCUGCCCGGAUCCCAGCUGCGCCAAAGUCAGCAUCACCUUUGAUCCCUUCAACAGUUUGAGUCUGCCACUGCCCAUUCAGAGCAAGUGGUCUCACACCGUGAAAUUCUUCCCUCUCAACGAUCGUCCCAUCGAUAUCAGAGUCGAGCUAGACAAGUCCUCAUCCAUCAAGCAACUAAAGGAUUUCAUCAGCACUCGCACUGGUGUUCCCGCAGAGAGACUACAUGGCGCUGAGCAGUGGAAGAACAAAUUCUACAAGCAGUACCCGAACGGUGCUUGUGCUUCGGACGAGAUCACCACCAACGAUGAGGCCUGGAUCUACGAGCUCGAAGCAGCUCCGACAAACUGGAAUUCUGCAGAGUCACGAAAGUUGGAAAAUGGUAAGGCUAGACGUUCCCUUUUGGAGGAGGCCGAAGAGCCGAGCGAUGAAGUCUAUGAAGCUAUGAUUGUUCCUGUCAUGCAUCGCAUUAUCGCGGAUAAACAAUACGGUGCUCAGCGACCAUUGUGCCUUGUUCCCCACUUCAUCGUCGUGAAUCCAGAAGAGUCCCGGAGCGAGGAUGCCAUUCGUCGCAAGAUCCUUCAAAAGGUUGCUACCUUGACCAAGCACCAUUUCUUUGCUCGUGACGAAACAAAUUCGCCAGAGUCAGCAGAGUUCGUCAAUAGCGGCUCCGAUUUGAGCUCUAAUGAAGGAAAAAUUGUUGCUCAGUCUGUACAAGGCGAAGAUGACAUGGUCGACAUCACGAUGAGAGAUGCUGGCGACGCCAAGGUUGCUCAGGACGGAGAACCUAAGCAAUCUACAAAGAUCCCUCACUUCAAUCAGACUCCUCCAUCGUGGAUGGAUGCCAAAGAAUUCUUGCCUGGAGAGCUGCAAAAUAUGUUUGAGCUCAGCUACGUCACCGAAACUGGAUCACUACUAGCUACUGGUAAUAACAGUGUCAACGAGUCUUCUGACUAUCCGAGACUAUCAUCGAGAAUACCUGAUUCUCCUGGUUCGGACGAUGGCGGUGAUAGUGGUACAAACGGUACAAUCUCCAAUGACGAGGAAAGCCAGGAUGAGUCAUCGCAACAGAGUGCAGACGUCCCACCCACGAGGAUGGCUGAAGAGAGCGAAGAGGAAGACCCGGUCCCCAUUGUCAAGAUCCCGCACAGACCUAAGAGCUCGAAGACGAAUCAGAGGUUGCCUGGCGGAGCUAAGAAAAUGAAGCCGAAGAAGUACGGUAAGAAAGGCAGCAAGCGUGCACAACGACAGGCAGCACAGCUUGCCAGGAAGCAGCAAGCCCAACAAGAGCGGGAAGAAGCGAACUUUCACGUCGAAACCGUAGACUCUGGCGCAGAUGGUGGUCCACUUAUUCGACUGAGGGAAGCCAUCGUUGUCGAUUGGAACGAGGGUGCUUACAAUGCACUGUUUGACGAAAAACUAUGGAUGUCUUGCGAGACACUACCUGACCCAGAACUCGACAAGGCUCAACAAUCCCGUGCCAGACGCAGAAAGAACGGUAUUACGCUCGAAGACUGCCUUGAUGAGUUUGAACGCGAAGAGGUUCUGUCCGAGCACGACACGUGGUAUUGCCCACGCUGCAAACAACACCAACGUGCCUCCAAGAAAUUCGACCUGUGGAAGACUCCAGAUAUCUUGGUUGUUCACUUGAAGAGAUUUAGCUCAAGUGGUUAUCGUAGGGAGAAGCUGGAUGUACUAGUCGACUUCCCCAUCGAAGGCCUGGACCUAACCCGCAGAGUUUCCGAGCCGGAGAGCGGUAAAACAGAGAUCUAUGAUCUCAUUGGUGUCGAUUGUCACUGGGGAGGCCUGGGAGGCGGUCAUUACACCGCCCAUGCCAAGAACUUUGUCGACGGCCAAUGGUACUCAUACAAUGACUCGUCUGUUUCUAGGGCCAACACCGAUAAGAUCGUUGAUGUGACGGCCUACCUUCUGUUCUAUCGUCGCCGCUCAGACACUCCCCUUGGUGGCCCUCGCUUCAAAGAAAUCAUUGAUGAUAUGGAGAAAUCAGAAUCCGAGGACGACGCUGCCGACUCGGGGGAAGGUCGGCGACUCGACGAGGGUUCCUCCCCAACUGGGUCGUCGAGCGCAUUCCAGGAGCAAGGUCUCGGAGCUACUCGCCAGCACAAGCAAGACGAUCAUGGUGGUAGAACCCAUGGCUCGGCCGCUUUCGAAACCAAGAGCGAUGACGGGACCAUGCAACUGACCGAUGCGUCAUUCGAUGACGGUAAUCAGCCCCUUCGCCGAAGCAUCGAGGAUGACGAGGGCAUCGGAAUGACUGAAAACCCCAAGCACACGUCUGCUAAUGCGUACCAGCAGACUUGGGACUUCGCCCUAUUAACGAGUAAUAAUCUGGCCAAUGGUGAUACUGGCCCUGCAAGUCCGGUUGGCUCUGGUGCUGCCACUGAUGAAGCCCAGCACGAUUCUUCCGGCGAUUCCGUCUUUAGUCGUGCCGGCGACUUGGACCACGACACAGACAUGGAGAACGUACCCGGUGCUAGCCAUAUUGAGCUCGCUACGGCAGCCGACCCAGACCCCCCAGCUUAUAGCCAAGAACCUCCGCCGCCCGACUAUAGGGCCGAGAUAUCUCGUGAGGACAUGUCUCAGUUCUGGAAUGCUAGGCAUGACAUUCACGAGGUUGUCGCUAAGGGCGACGAUCAAGGGUCUGAAGAAGCCGUCGAGAUACGAGUCGAGGAAGAAGAGGACAAGGACAAGCAGGACUAG